AUGCAGAAUUAUCAGGAGAACAAGACGCCAUACGAUGUGGUGCUGAUCGCAGGAUUGGAUGAGCAGAGAAUCCCAGCUCAUCGGGGCGUCCUGUCAGCGGCCAGUGAAGUCUUCGCAGCAAUGCUCCUGGGCAAUUUCCAGGAAGCUGGUGAAGAAGAAGUGACUCUUGGCGAGAUUUCAGGAGCCGAUCUUCAGUUUCUGGUGCAGUUUUGCUACACGGGAAAAGUACAGCUGAGUGAGAGUUCUGUGGAUUCCGUUAAGACGCUCUUGAGCGCGGCAGAUUGCUUCCAACUGGACGAUCUCGUGAGAUAUUGCGACACUUUCCUGACACGCCAUCUUAAUCACUCAAACUGCCUGGGAAUCGCCGAAAUUGCUGAGCUGCACAAUUGUGACGGUCUUGCGAUCACAUCAAGCUAUUACAUUAGCCAGCACUUCCUUAAAGUGUGCGAGAAUCAGGAGUUUGUGGAGAUUUCUGCUGAACAGCUGGCCAAAUUACUGGCCUGUGAUGAUCUCAAUGUGUCAUCAGAAGAAGACGUCUUCAACGCAUUGCUUGUGUGGCUUAAAGGCGAAUUCAAGCACCGGAAGAAGUUCAUUCCCACUCUUUUGGGGCUCAUUCGACUUCAUCGGCUCAAUCCAGAGUUUAUCAUCAGUAAAGUGAAGCCGCUGUGCGAGAGUGUGAAUUGCAAGGAUUUAGUGAGUCAAGCUUUGGAAUGGCAUCGCUGGCCGAAUCGUUCUGCAAUGAGGCUCAGCCAGAAGCCUCGUCGAUGGAAUGCGGGAAGGUUGAUCACAGUUGGCUACGAUUGCGCUGGAGGAGAAAAGCGUUAUGUCGUCGACGCGUAUUGCUUCAGAACCAAGAAGUGGACAUUUGUGGCGGAAAACAAUGAAAAUCACUUCAACUGUGGCAUAGCUUUCAAUGGCAACGGAAUAAUGUUCAUGGGUGGAUCUUGUGGAACCCAACAUCGGAAUAACGUGAACUGUUUGAAUCUCGCAACAAAGGAUCUCAGAAUGCUUCCGCCAAUGCGAUCGGAUCGCGCUGAAUUUUGCUCCGCGGAGCUGAAUGGGUUUGUCUAUGCGAUUGGCGGCAGGAACAUGAACAGUGUGGAGCGCUUUGGCAAAGGAAUCUGGACAGAGGAACCUCCGAUGAGUACUCGACGGUACGAAGCUGGAGCUGUAGUGUUCCAAGGAGAUUUGGUGGUGAUCGGAGGACGAAAUGGCGACAAUUACCACAAUUCUGUUGAGCGCUACGAUCCGUGGACAAGGAAAAAGAUAUGA